GAGAGGAGAAGGCGACAGACAUUGUUCACACUCCAUUCAAGAGGCUCAUGUCCUGUUGCACUUGGAGAUAAAAGGUGUGCUUGAAGUUCAUCCACCACUCCAUCCCAUUUUAAUUUUUUUUUGUUCAUGAUCGCUCAUAUAUUUGCCUCCAGGCCUUUCCAAAGAUGCCCAAAUCUGCACUGAUUCAGGUAGCGACUCUCACUACUUGAACAAGAUGCCACCUUACAACUGCUCUGCUAAUGUAACCAGUCUGGACAGCAACAGCAGCCAAGUCCAAGUGCAGGACUCCUGUGUGACGAUGGACACCUUUCUGGAGAAUUACCUGGGACCCCGUCGGUCACCCGUGUUCCUUCCCGUCUUCAUCAUUUACCUGAUCAUCUUUUUGGUAGGCGUGUUGGGCAACGUACUGACUUGCACCGUCAUCGCUCGCAACAAAGUGAUGUGGACGCCGACCAACUACUACCUGUUCAGCCUGGCGGCGUCGGACCUGCUGGUGCUGCUGCUCGGCAUGCCGCUGGAGCUCUACGAGCUGUGGCAGAACUACCCCUUCCUCCUCGGGAAAGGAGGCUGCUACUUUAAGACUUUCCUGUUCGAGACGGUCUGCUUCGCGUCCAUCCUCAACGUGACGGCGCUGAGCGUGGAACGCUACAUCGCCGUGGUGCACCCGCUGCGCGCAAAGUACGUGGUGACGCGCACGCACGCCAAGAGGGUCAUCCUCACAGUGUGGGGCGUGUCGGUGUUGAGUUCUCUCCCCAACACGAGCCUGCACGGGAUCUCCUACCUGAGCUGUACGUCCUGCAGUCAUGGCGAGCCUCAGAGUAUCGAGAUCCCGGACUCGGCCAUCUGCACGCUGGUGAAGCCGCAAUUGAUCUACAACCUGAUUAUCCAAGUGACCACCUUGCUUUUUUUCAUCCUGCCCAUGCUGACCAUAAGUGCUCUGUACACGCUCAUUGGGCUGCGGCUAAAACGGGAACGGAUGCACCAGGCACUGGAAGCGAAGGCGGGCGCGAGUCGGAACAGCUUCUGCAACAGCCGCACCCAACAACAAAAGGCUCGACGACGGCAGGUCACCAAAAUGUUGUUUGUUUUAGUGGUGGUGUUUGGGAUCUGCUGGGCCCCGUUUCACACCGACCGCCUGCUUUGGAGUUUCAUCAGCGAUUGGACCGACAACCAACUGCAAAUCUUCCAGUACGUGCACAUCCUCUCUGGAGUGUUAUUCUACCUCAGCUCCGCCGUCAACCCGAUCUUGUACAACCUGAUGUCUACGCGCUUUCGAGAAAUGUUCAAGGAGGUCAUGUGCCAUCGGCCGCACCACGUCGGCCCGAGGAAAUACUCUCUCAGUCUCACCCGGGUGACGCUGCGCAGCACCCUCAACGACGCCCCGCAGAGCUGUGGAGCCAAUGUGGCGGAGGGCGAGGCAGAAGGAGGAGAGCAGGCAGUGAAAGAGGAGGCCACUUUCACAUGUUAGGAUUUUACAAUUCCAGCAAAAAAUUAUGGAAUC